UUUGAACCGAAACAAAUUCAGGCAAAAUCAAAUCGAACAUAAAUUGUCAUAUUUCAAUCUUUUUAUUUUUUCAAUCAGUCCAAUAUAUAAACUCUACUACCGCAUUAUUAAACCACUUCAAUAAUCUUCUUAAUUCUUUAAUUGUUUGUUUCUUUCUUUUUUAAUCUUGAAUAUGACUUCAACAAAUUUGCCUUCAGGUGCAAGCAAGAAGUUCAAACCUACAGAUGAAGAACUCAUUCAAGAUUUUCUCCGUAACAAAAUCAAUGGGAGGCCUCUACCAAACUAUGGAACCAUUCUUGAAGGUGAAUUGUUUGGUACGGAGAAGAAUCCAUGGGAAAUUUGGGAAGAAAACGUUGAAAAUUCUUAUGACGGGAAGGACCUCUAUUUCUUCACUAGUCUGAAGAGGAAGUUCUCGACUAACAGCUUGAGGAUGGUUCGCACCAUCGGGUUGGGUUGUUGGGAAGGUGAAGACAUCGGAAAAGAGAUUAUAGCCAAUAAAACUAACCAGCGCAUUGGAAUGAGGAAACGAUAUCGCUUUGAGAAGAGUGGUACUAGCCAUGAUGGUGGAUGGAUCUUGCAUCAAUAUAGCAUUGAUUCUUCUUUGUUAUCAAAUCCUUCCAAUGUAAGUAUCAUAAUUUUGUGUAUAUUCUUUAACCAGUGUAACAGCCCUAGGAAUCCAAGACAAAGCAAAAACUAUAAUUGA